CUCUGUGGCUACUGUAGUUGACAGUGAAAAAUGGCGUCCACGCUCGACAACGAUUUAAUUGAAAGUGACUUGCCCAAAGCUGUACAGCUCCUGAAUAGUCUAACAGAACAGGUGGCUUCAGUCACAAGUCAUGUCUGUGAGCUGCUAAGAAAAGUCAAAGAUGGUGCAUUUGACACAUCAAAGGGUUUGUCUUUCUUGGACCUUCGGUAUCAUCUGCUGCUCUUUUACCUUCAAGACCUCACGCACCUGAUCAGUAUCAAGACGGAAGGAGGCAAAAUAAAAGACAGUGAAGCAUUGAUCAGAGUGGUCACAGUCAGAACGGUCCUGGAGAAGAUGCGACCCCUUGACCACAAACUCAAGUAUCAGAUUGAUAAGCUGGUGCGCACAGCUGUUACUGGCAGUUUAGCUGAAAAUGACCCUCUGCAGCUCCGUCCUAAUCCUGAGAAUCUCAUCAGCAAACUGAGUGAGUCUGGGGAGUCUGAAGAUGAAGCUGAGGACAAAGGAGCCACUGACAACAAAGCAGCCUCCUCUAGUGGCAAGAAAUAUGUACCACCAAAGAUUGUCCCUGUGCAUUAUGACGGUGAUUUGACCGAAGCAGACAGGAAGAAGGUGCAGGCGGAGCGUCAGCGGCGAGCAGCUCUGAGAAGCUCAUUGAUCCAGGAGCUGCGACAGCAGUACAGUGAUGCUCCCGAGGAGAUCAGAGACAAACGUGACUUCCAGAGUGAGCGGGAGACCCGCGAGGAGCUUCACAGGAAAAACUACGAGGAGUCCAUGAUGGUGCGUCUGAAUGUAUCAAAGCAUCAGAAAAAUGCCCGGAAAAGAAGCAUGAUGGCAAUGUCCAGCCAGCUGGGCAGUAUCACACAUUUCAGUGACAUCACAGCGCUGACAGGCGGGGGCAGCUUACAGGAUGGCGAUAAUUCUCGUCCCAAGAAAAAGAAGAAACUGAUGAAAAAGAAAACCAAAAGAAGAGCUUUCAGGAAACACAAAUAGAUUUGAAACAUUGGGUCCAAGGAUGGAGGAAUGAAGACCAGUGAAUUGAGUUUUCAGCAUUCAGAAUACUCUGCUGUCCAAAAGGAAUGACUCAUUUCACUCAUUUUCUAUAAUAAACAUGCCAGAUUGUA